AUGAAAUAUAAAAUUAAUUAUGGUAAAAUCUACUUAUUGAAAGUUAUCACAAUAAUGAUGUUCUUCAUGUACUCUUUUUGUAUCUAAAUUUAAUUAGACUAGGUUCAUGAAAAAUAAUUUAAUUAGUUAUUUGCUCAUAGAAGUGGAAGACAUAUUUUAGGCUUUGUACAAAAAGGUGUUGUUGAUUAUGGGAAUGUAAAUGAUGUUAUAAAUAGAGCUUAAUAAUAAAUAGAAGAACAAAAAAUAGAAUACGAAAGUUAAAUCAAUUACUCAAAUAAAAUGAUUUCAAGAAUAUAAAACGAUUAAGAGAAAUAUCUAAAUAUGAUUCUUUAGAAAAAGUAGUUUAAAGAAUUAGAGCUUUCAUAACUAAAUCAAAAAUUUUACUAAAAUUACAAGCAACCUAAAGACUAUUAAUAAUAAUAAUUUUAAAUUGGAAAGAGUAAUCUAGAUUGGCUUGAAGAUAAAAUAAAAUAAACAUAAAAAAUUAUUAGUGACUCAGAAUAAUAGUAUAAAAAAGAUAUUGAGUAAGUUCAAACAAGUUUUUCUUCAGUUAUAGAUAUAUUUUCUUUAAUCGAUGAAAUGAAGCAUUUACAGAGGCUUAACUAGGCUGGGAUAGGAUAAAAAAAAUAACUUCUUUCCAGUAAAGUCGAAGAACUAUGCAAAUCAAAAAUUAGCAACUCUUUGAUUUUUCUGAAAACAGAAAUAAAUGUUUUGCUAAGUUAAAAUUUAGAAGACCCAAAGACUAUAGAAAAAGUUAGAAACGACUUAAAAGUUUUAAUCGAAGAAAUUUUAGACAAAAGAGAUGAAGCUUAAAGUUCUUAUGAAAAAACACUGGCAGAUUAAAAUCAAGAACUUAAUUACCUCUAAGAAAAGAAAAAAGAAGCUACAUUAAUGCUAAAAAAAGCAAAUAUCACUCUAAGCAAUUUGGAAAAAAAUGUAGUCUAAAUUGAAUAAGAGAUAAAUGAAAUUGAAUAAUUUCUUUCAGAAGUUGAAAAUUAAAUACAAUAAAAAAAUUAAGAAACUACUAAUUUGGUUUAAAUGCACCAAUAAAAAAUCAAAGAAAUAUAAAAUGAUUAACAAAAAAUCUAAAGCAUAGAAUAAGCCCUUUACGACGAUGCUUUUAGCACCUUCUUAGUUAAAAAAUUAGAAAAUUAGAACUUUAGAAUUCUUGAAGACAAUAUUUGGUGA